UCCCCCAGUUCCGGCCUUUUCCAACAUGGCUCCGAAGAAGACGAAGGCAACCUCGGGAGAAAAGGGUGCAGCUAAGAAGGGUGGCAAGGCAGCCCCUGCAAAGGAGACUGCCCCUGCCCCUGCCCCAACUAAGGCUAAAGACAAGGCGCUCAAAGCCAAGAAGAAUGUGCUUAGGGGAGUCCAAAACAAGAGGUCAAGGAAGAUCCGAACGUCGGUCCACUUCAGACGACCCAAGACCCUGAAGCUUGCACGUGCUCCCAAAUACCCAAGGAGGAGCACUCCAAAGCGACCUAGGUUGGACCAGUUCAAAAUUGUCAAAUUCCCCCUGACAACCGAGUCUGCAAUGAAAAAAAUUGAGGACAACAACACAUUGGUGUUUGUUGUUGACAAGAGGGCCAACAAGCCACAAAUCAAGCUCGCCGUCAAGAAGCUGUACGAUAUUGAUGUAGCUAAAGUGAACACAUUGAUCAGGCCUGAUGGUGAAAAGAAGGCAUAUGUACGGUUAGCACCAGAUUACGAUGCAUUAGAUGUUGCAAACAAGAUCGGCAUCAUCUAAAUGCUAUUUCCCGUAAAACCUGUACAUUUUGUAACAAUGAAAAUAAAUAAUGUAUGAAAGAA